GAGUCACAGCGCAUCCCGAGGAGAACUUAAAGGUCAUGUAACACAGCCGAUGUAAACAAACCAGCCGCGGCAAGUCUCGGCCGCUGGCGUCAUGAACCAAAGGCCGCGGCGGGACCUGCGCGGCGGCCCGUCAGCGUCCUGCUCUUUGACGCACCGCAGUGAAUGGCUCGGGUCACCUCACCUCAGUCAGGCCAUGCAAUCACAACUGGACAGGGUUUUUUUCCCCGGGUCUUAUGCCAUUGUUCGCGUUAUUGUGCCGCGUUCCUUUGUUCACACACCGGUCCGCGCCGCGCCCGUCACGUGAGGUCAUAACAGGAAUUAUUACGCAGCCACUUCUUGAUGAAAUGGAUAUGUUUUGCUUCCUGCUAACACAACAUUCUGCUUGGUCAGCGAAAUGCAUCGCCCUGCUGUCUUUGAGUGAUGAAUCCGCCGCUUCGUCAGCCAGUGUGUUCCUGCCUCUGUUAAUUAGCGUUACAGAAAACGCGUGACUUCUGUUGCUCUGCAUGUUUGCCAUAUUUGCAUUGCCUGAUACAUUAUUGGCAAAUAUUCCACACACACCUGAGUCUGGCAUUGCUUGAGUUUCCGUUUUCCUUCGCAGCCGGUGGCGGGCCGCCAGCCAGCCGCCCCGCGCUCAGUCGUCCUCUGCUCGCUGGACGGUGAAGGUGUGCUGCCGCCGCUCCCAUCUCGCCCUGUGACUGCCUCACCGGGGCGCCGCGCGAAGUCAGACUCAGAGCAGCGGUUCGGUCUAACACAGAGGCGUGAUAAUGGUGACUUGCAGCGAGGGCCUUGCGUUACCUUGGCCAGAGUGAAGUGUCACAGCCCAGGCUAUGAUGAGCUGUCCGGGCGGGUCCUUGUAGUGAAAGCGGUGGUGACGACUGGCGCCAGGCGAGCCGGGGACCUCGACGAGCAGGGAAACAGUGAUCCCCGCUCCGUCCUCUGACUCGUCCUCACGCUCGUCCCCAUCCACAGUCACGAUUGUCGGUCUUCGUCAGCGUGAUCCUCCUGAAGGACGCCGCGCAGUGAGGGAGUCACACGCUCCGCCCCACCAAGGAUGCAUCCUGCCACGAGGACGUGAGGAUGUGUGCCUGCCUGUGGGCCGGGCUGGUGGGGGCGGCCCAAUACUUGCUGUGGGAGGCAGCGGCGCUGGUCAGGCCACCAGCCCACGUGGUGCUCGUAGGCCUCGACUCCUCGGGCAAGACCACGGCGCUGUUCCGCCUCCGCUAUGGCCACUACGUCAACGCCGUGCCUACCGUGGGCUUCAACACGGAGAAGGUGCGGGCGGGCGGCGGCCACUGGCUGGUGUGGGACGUGGGUGGGGCUGAGCGAGUGCGGCCCCUGUGGCGCUCCUACACCCGUGCCACGGACGCUCUCGUGUUCGUGAUUGACUCCAGCGGCGGGGAGGAGCGGCUGGAGGAGGCGCGUGUGGAGCUGCAGCGCCUUACGAAGCAGCAGACGGCGCAGUGCGUGGCUCUCAACAGGCCUCGGCCCCCGCUGCUGGUGCUGGCUAAUAAGCAAGACCUCCCCGGGGCGCGAGAGCCGCAGCACCUGGCCAAGGCUCUUGGCCUGCCCGAGCUGCCUGACUCGCAGCCCUGGGCAGUGGCCCCAGCCUGCGCCGUCACGGGCGAGGGCCUGGACGAGGCCAUGGCCACCCUCCAUCAGAUGGUCCUCAAGACGCGGCAAGCUCACAAACGCCAGUAAGAGGAUCUGGUGUUUUCCGCCCCUCCUCGUCCAGCAAAGCGUCAGCUGUGACGAGGCUUCCUCCCCCAGCGGAAGCUGAGAUAACGCCUGCAGGGUCACGUAGAGAGCGAUCCACGCAAGCCAGCCUAACCCUGUGGUGAGGUUCCUCCCAAACCCCCAACGCGCCGCACUAAUUACACCUCAUAAAUGUUUGAGGAUAAGUGACCCGCUGUGUGCGCCGCCCCGCCCUCCCAGGCCCCGCACUGGGCGGGCACACGCUGACAGCGUACUUAAAGUGAAGUUGUGCAUGAAGUGGUGGUGCUGCUGCUGCUCUGGCGGCAGAGGAACAGUGACAGGCUCUGAUGUGUGCAAGAUUUUAGUGUACAGAAGCACUCGGCAAACAAACGCUUGUUGUGUAAAGCUUUGAGGUGAACAACCAGACAUUGGACACUGAAAAAAAAGGCUUAUUAAAGCUGCUUGCUUCACUAAGUUUGAAAAAAAAUGCAUUAGUUUCUCAUAUAAGACUAGCUGAAAGCUUAACACUGAGAUGAAUGUUGCCUGGACGUGUAGGUAAGCUGGAAGUGUUCGUGCAGUGGUAGUGUCACCCGGAGGUAACGUCUGCAUCGCACGGGAGACGUGACUGCCUCCCGAGUCUUGUGUUUGUGAAUACUGUCAUUUUUGCCUCAGUCCCUUUAUGUCAGGGAGGCGAGCAGCGUCUCUCGUGCGUCCAGCGAGUGAGGAGGUUCACGGUGGUCCGUCACUGAGGAACACCACAACAACUGUUCAUCAUCUGCUAUUGUAUGGGGGUCACUCUAGGGACUCACAAUUAUCCCGAGCCUCCUUAUCCCGCCCUUUAACUCCCCUCCCCCUGUCCCUCACCCUUCCGUGUUCAUCUCCUUGCGGUCCCUCACCCCCAGCCCCACUCUGCCCCUCGCCUCACGACCUCUGCCUCCCUGCCUGAUCCCUGGCCGACCCUCGUGCUCCCCGGCGGCCCCUGCACCCCGCCACCACCACCUGGGUUCCCUAAUUGCCCAUUUCCUUUCCUUUCCUCUCGCGGGUCGCUGUGAGGGAGAGGGAUAAAAGGUGGAGAGAAGCGUUAAGAAAUGGUCCGUGGAUUCUGGGAGGGUUGGAGAAGGGACAGGCACGGAGGGGAGUGAAGAAAGGGACAAGUGGAGUACAGACGCGGAGAGAAACGGUUGGGAGGAGUGACAAAGCCCCCAGGGAAUGAGGGAGGAACUGGUGACCUAUCUUCUUGGUCUUUACACGCCCCUUGACCCGCCGGAAGUGGAGGUCAUACGUGGAGAGGAGGAGGAGGCAGCAGCAGAGGGGGACGAGAGGAGGCAGCUUCGUGUCAGGCAAAUAGUGCUUCUGAUGCGCUUCUUGGCUUCAGUUGGCUCUUCUCCUCCUCCUCUAGCUCCUUCUCCUCCUCCUCCUCCUCCUCUUCAAGGCAGCCACACGUUUUGCACACAUUAAACGAGCAGGGCGGUGAUGGCUAAGCACGUAGAGUCAGCACCAACCGCCCCGUGACUGGUCUGUGUUUGCCUCAACUUUGCUUGCCUCUCCUCCUCCCUCCCCCUCACAUUCAUUCCCCAUCCCACGCUCCUGCCUUAAAAAUUUGUGGCCCCCUAACCCCGCGAUCCCAUUUCUAUAACCUACACAAUCUAUGACCUCCAAAUUGUAUGGCCUCGCUAUUUUGUGGGCUCUUGUGUACACGAACAAUGGAAGGCCGCAGCAGUCACUCCCUCCCUUCGGCCCUGGUGCUCAGUCUCCCGCUACAGUCACGUUCCCAAAGAAAGAGCAGGGUUAUGGUCGCCCUUGUUGACUUGCCCGCACAAACACGCCAAGCUUUAAUCCAGUAAGCAUCGUGGAUCAUCCCUGUGGGCCUCGCUAAGCUAAAUAAAUGCCCCCAUAUCCUCCAGUACCCGUCUCUUGCCCCUUCCCCACAUGUUCUUGUUUCCUUCUGUUUCCUUCCCUCCAUCCUCCGUGACCUGUGUGGUGUAUAGGAGGUCACGGUACAGUAAGGUCACGUUCAUCUAUUGUUGGGCUGUCGCGACACACACACACACACACACACACACACACACACACACACAGAGAACAUUGAGUAAAGCCGUGGGAAAGCCGCCUAGUUUUGUGUCGGUUUGUUAGCGAGACACGCCCCUGUCUUCUUUCCUUCCCUAAUACGUGAGGCACUUUGAAGCCAAUCACUGACACACUGCCCCAAGCCUUACUCCAACAUGAUACAGUAAACCUCCCUGCCUCUACUGCAGCAUAACUAGACCUGCACCCACUCAGCCACACCUCUUAACUCACCACUGACGCGCUGCCCCAAUCCUUACCCCAGCACAUGGCACACUAAACAACCCUAUCUCUAAUACUGCAGCACAACUUGACCUGUAUCCACUCAGCCAUGCCCCAUAACUCAUCACUGACACACAAAGCAGCCCUUCCUCUACCUCUCCCUGCCACACCUUGACCACUCAACCACACCCUCAACUCAUCACUGACACAAUUGACACCGCGCCACGCCCCUGACACAGAGCCCCGAGCCUCACACAGCCUUGACGCCCUCUCCGUGACUCCCUGCGGCCACAGUCCUAUCCCAGCCACACCUGAGAGCCCCGUCAAGGUGAUCCCGGGGCCACAGCGGGCAGAGGAGCGGAUGUGUUACCUCUUCCCUCCCUCUCUCACCAGUCCCUCCCUUCCUCUCCCUCCAUCCCACUGCAGUCUCUCUCUCCCAUGCUCUUUUUUCAAGGGUUUCAGGGUGAGGGGAAUAAAACACGACUAAUAACAGUCAUCUGUGUCUGAGUUACGUGGGACGAAAUGCAAAGUGCGUAUUGUGUUUUUCUUUGAGCGGCUAUUCAGUUUUAGAGGAGAUGAUUAUUGCUUCCUCCGAGGUGUUUGUUUGCUCCUCCGCUGUUUUGCUGCUGUUUUGAAUGUUCUGUUUGGUGUUUGUGUUGUUUGUGUUUGUGUUGUUUGUGUUGGUGUCCUCCUCUUAGUGUUUAUUUCCUGAGUCUACUGAAGCUUUAAAAUAUUCUAAGUAUCUAAGUGUGAAGGAGGAUCAGAGUAUUAAAAAGAGUGCGGUCAGUAAAGUGUAAACACGUAUACUUUCUGUGUGUGUGUGUGUGUGUGUGUGUGUGUGUGUGUGCGUGUGCGUGUGAUAAGGGCAUUCCUCUAUGGUGUGCGUCUUGCCUGUGAUAAAAGGUGAUGUAUAUCUCCUGUGUAUCUGUAACCGUAUAUAGCUACUGUAUUUUGUAUCGUCCUGCAUCUGAUUAGAGUCUUGUGGCGGACUGAAGGAAGGAAAGAAACAAGGAAGCGUCCACCACAGCUAGUCUCGUGUUGUUACCUUAGCGCUGUUUCCACUCCCCGAACUGCAACCACUGAAGGGAGGGAAGGAGUGAAGUGAGAGAAUGUUAGUGAGAGAACGUCAGGUGGUGUCAGGUUACACGGCAGACUUGGCUUCGUGAGUAGGUAACCCCCCCUCCAGCUGACGCUCUCUCACCAUCGCUUGAUAAAAGUGUCCUCUGCCACCAGUAUUACGUUCCUGGGAUACGAUCUGAUAACACACACACACACACACACACACACACACACACACACACACACACACACACACACACACACACACACACGCACGCACGCACGCACGCACGCACACACGCACACAGACAUCAAUAGGGACAGUUAUUAUGCAGUCACACAAACAUUUUUCUGAACGCGCGUGUUCCACUGUAUGUAUAUCAAAGGAAGUUGUGUGUGUGUGUGUGUGUGUGUGUGUGUGUGUCGUUCAUGCCUAGAUAAUGAUGAUAGUAAUGAUAUUAUUAUCUCCACCACCACCACUACUAACACCGCCACCGCCGCCGCCGCCACCACCACCACUACUGCCAACAAAAGGUCACAUCGAGGCGCCUCCUGUCUGUCUGUCUGUCUGGGUGCCGUUGCCUUUACUCAUGGCCUCGUCAGGAGCGGCACGGUGACCUCAACCGCCGAGUCACAGGGUCGCGGCGGGUCACAGCGGGUCAUGGUGGCUUUUUCAAAACUCAAAACUCGUUUAUUCAGAUUCUUACACAUGCGUAUUGAUAUUCCAAACCUUUAUAGAGACAAACACACACCUGUAGUUAACUCUUAUCACCAGUCUCCACACCUUCACACCUCCAAACCUGUCUCCCUGACCCUCCAAAGUUCACCAAACAUGUAACAGCACACAUGUGCCUCAAACACCUGAAUUACACGUCACACACCUGUAGUUUUCCCACACGUGAAGCCCUCCAUUUUUGUACUAACAAACUUGUACACGCACAUUUUACACCUCUGCUCCCUUUACACACACGCACGCACACACACACACACAAGCGCGCGAGUUAACGAGUAAUGAAUUUAAGAUGAACGUGCAGUGUCGCGCGUUGUAGGAGCGCUUUGGGAAGAAAAAAUAACGUGUAUUUCGAGACUGAUUGGCGAGUGAGGUGACGGAGGCGAGGCUGAAGUGCCGUGAAGUGACGUGAUGUGGCUUGAUCUGUACCAAAAUUCAUGUUUACGGAGGUGUCUGAAGGAGGAGGAGGAGGAGGAGGUGACCUUUACGUUCCCACCAUUACCUGUUCUCACCUGGCCUCGUUUGCUUCAGGAUUUCUCUUAAUUACUGGCCAUUACCUGGAGAGGCCGCACGCUGUUAUUGUAUAGACUGGAGAAGAGGCGCAAACCAAACAUGGCUGGUUUCAUACACAUGGCGAUGCUGCGGCUUCCCUCCCCUCUCCCUCUCCCUCCUCUCCCCCGCCUGCCCGCCAUGUGAGCUGCGGCCAGUGCGUGCGGUGGGUGUGGUGAGCGUGGCGGCUGUGGUGUGUGCGAUGUGUGAGGCGAGGCAGUGUUGUGUUCCGUGUUGGGUAAUAAUGGCGGCAAUGCAAGCACCGUGUUGGACUGAUGAGUUAUGAAUAUGAUUUUCUCUUUCUGCCUGUCUGCCUCGAUCUCUCUCCCCCUCCUCCUCCUCCUCUCUCUCUCUCUCUCUCUCUCUCUCUCUCUCUCUCUCUCUCUCUCUCUCUCUCUCUCUCUCUCUCUGGCGUAUCGAUCAAGCAAUCAUCCGGCAGUGCAUGUGCCUGAAGCUCUAGUAAGGCCUGAAGUGCGGCGCGUCGCGUGCCAACCAGCAGGGCGGUGACUGGCUAGCGACGCCUUGCACGGAACCCGAUCAGACACCACACCUCCCGCCACCACCUUCUCCUCCGCCCGAUGUCAUCACACUGUAGGAAAUGGCGCGUCGAUGGCCACUCUGAAGGUCUGUUGCGGCGUACUGGGCCCCUGCUGUGGUGCGCCGGGGUCUACUACUGUGGCCGCACGCUCCUGUUCCCGUCGCAGUAACGCACGAGUGACGGUAACACUCCUCUUUACGAAAGUCGCGAUGACACACUUGGCUGUCCCCCUCCCCGCGCCGCCUUUCACCCCACUCUCGAGACUCCCUCCGUUCCGGUCUGCGUUUGCUCAUCUGGUGAGGAAACUGUAUCCGUAAAAAGUUGUCCUUGAUCCCUGGGGCAGCGGAGAGAGAUGGGGGCAGCUGGGACGACCGCUCGGGGCCUCUGAGAACGCUAUUAUGUGAGAGUGGUAACUUGGUGUGGCUGGGAAACUCGCGGGAAGGGAGUCUGUUACCUCUCAUGGUGAUCAUCCCGUCUGCCUGAUGCCUGGGUCUGGUAGCAGGUCGUCUGGUCAUGUUUCAGGAAGGUGGCGUUUCGCUGAUGGAGUUUCACGCGUGGAGGAGGAAAACACGAGCCUCAAGUGCCUUUUAAAAGAUCACAGCUCCGGAAUUCUGACAUAAAAGAGCAAUCUGGCGUCGGUUUCUGAAUGCGAGUCGUUCCACAAAGACUAAAUGGAGCAAGUUCACGGAUUUUUUAAGACUGGGACGUGAAAACUUGGUGAGGAGUUGGGAGUGAAAAGUUAAGUUAUACUGGCUGCGUCAUUAUUUCUGUUCGGUUAGUUUUCUCGAGCGAGGAGUGCUGGAGGCGAGGUGUGAAAGGCGCCACCAGCUACUCCCCGCCUGGCCGCUGCACCUCGCUAGUCUGCGCCACUGAACUUCCUGUCUCGAGGCGGCGGGAGAGGCGAGGCGUGGACGGCCGGGUGACGCAGGGCUCGGUACGGAUUGGCACCUGGUAAUGUAGGUCCCGGCGGAUGGCAAAUGAACCAGUUGUAGUACGGGAACUUCCUCCGCUUACUCUUUCUUUUUACUCUCUCUUACAGCGUCCUCUCUUUACUCUUUUCUCGUACGCAGGUUUUUUUUUUUUUUCCGGUCUCUCUUCCUCCUCUUACAGUUUCUUAUUUUUAUUUUCUCCCUUCCUCUCGUAUUCCGUCUUUCUCCUCUUACUGUCUUUUCUUCUCUCUCUCUCUCUCUCUCUCUCUCUCUCUCUCUCUCUCUCUCUCUCUCUCUCUCUCUCUCUCUCUCUCUCUCUCUCUCU